CGGAUGUGAGGUCCGCCAACGGCCGCGGCGGCGGCUUCGGGUCGGAGCUGCUGAGGUCCGGUUCUGAGGCGCCCGGCUUCAGGGACAGCCCGCCUCGGUGUGCAGUUGGUCACCAAGUCAACAGAGGAGCCACGCCUGGUCAGCAGAGGGAGGAGGCCAGGACCUGCCAGCAGACCUGGGGUUGUGGCUGUGUCCAAGUGGUGAAGUGUUCCUGCUCACACUGGUAGACGAGGAAGGCAGCCAGCCUGCAGGUUGUUAUAUUUCAGCAUCUCAAUUCUGAGUCUGUGGGAGGCUGAACUGCUGCUGCUCACCACUCCUUCAUUUUCCAGCACAGAACACCUGAAGGUGUCUGAGUGCUCAUCGCCAAUCUCUUUCUGUCACCAGGAACCCGAGAACAUCUUCAUAGUCAGAGGAGCCAGCUCAGCACACCAGGGGGAGGCCGUCCUGCACAAGGAGGGACACGGACUUGGGGGAGCUGCAGGCUCUGAAGCCUGAGGGGAGCGAGUAGCAGCCACUGCUUCCUCUGCCUCCUCCUCCUCUUACUAAGAACCCUGCUAGUCCAAGAGAGGUGCCUCAGGCUGUGACACAAAGUUGUCCUCAGAAUCCUCAGGGUGUCUUCCUGCCCCGCACUGCCAUGGCUUCCAGUCAAAGUAGCCAGUCUGAUGAGGGCUCCACCAGGGAACGUGAGGAGCUUCCAUGCACCUCACGGGACCAGGGAGGUCCUCAGCCUCGUCCUCAGCUGGGUCUUCAGCCCCUGUGUGAUGUGGUCUUGCACAAAAAGGUAGAUGAAUUGGUGGAUUUCCUGCUCCUCAAGUAUAACAAUAAGGAUGUGGUCACCAAGGCAGAAUUGCUGCACAGUAUCAAGGAUUACCAGGAGCACUUCCCUCUGAUCUUUAGCAAAGUCUCUGAGUGCCUGUACAUGGUCUUUGGCAUUGAUGUGAAGGAAGUGGAUCCCCCUGGGCACAUAUAUGCCCUUCUCCCUGUCCUAGGUCUCACCUAUAAUAAAACAUUAGGUGGUGAGCAGGGCAUUCCCAAAAACAGCCUCCUGAUAAUCAUGCUGAGUGCCAUCUUCACUAAUGGCAACCAUGUCAGUGAGGAGGUUGUGUGGGAAAUGCUCAGUAGGAUGCAGGUGUUUGAUGGGGUAGAGCACUGCAUCUAUGGGGAGCCCAGGAAAUUGAUCACCGAGGAGUUGGUGCAGGAAGGGUAUCUAGAGUAUCAUGAGGUGCCCAACAGCGACCCUGCUUGCUAUGAGUUCCUGUGGGGUCCAAGGGCCUAUGCUGAAACCACCAAGAUGAAAGUGCUGGAGCAUUUGGCCAAGGUUCAUGGGACAGAUCCCUUGUCCUACCCACGUCUCUAUGCAGAGGCUUUGAGAGAGGAGGAAGAGGCUGCCCAUGUGUGACUUUUAGUCAAGGCCGCAGAUGGGGCAAGGUGCACGCAGGGACGGGACAUGUUCGAGCACUACCUCACUAGCGUAGCUCCCACCCCAUGUGACAUGAGGUCAGCUCUACAGUCUUCUUGAGGAGAGCGGGCAGUUUUCUAAGUAGUGAUGGCCAGGGUAGGAUGGGAAAACACAGUCCAUACUUUUUGAUGUCUGUUUUGUUUGGAUUACUUGGAAAUGGACAUGUGACUUCUUUAUUAUUUUUUCAAAUCUCUUUCCUUUUUUGUAAGAUUCAUUGUGAUUCUGAUGUGAAUACGAUUUUGUGUGAUACUGAUCACACAGGAAUUUUGGUCUUCUUUUCCAAGUGCUAGAAUCUCUGCUGUAUUGUAAAUCAUUUUAUUUGUGAUAUGGAAGAAGAUAAUAUAGCAUUUGAAUAGGAAUUUCCUUGGAAGUAUGUAAGAAGUGUGCAUCACUUUAGAUGGAGUCCAGAAAUAGACAUAAAGACAAAAGUCAAUUCUUGGGUUCCUGGUUUUUUUUUCCUUGUUGUUGUAUACUAUAUAUGUAUACCUGAACAUGCUUGGGGUUUUUUUGUUAUAUUAGGAAAUGUACUGUCAAUAAAGAAGCUGCUCUGCU